UAAGCUCACUGAACCACAGUGCACUGCGUGCACCAAGCGCGUGCCACGCUUUCGGGCCACUGAUGAGAUCGCUGCUUAUUAACCAUGGCUAUGCUUUACUAAUGGAAAUUUUGAUGAAGAAGCUGCUCUCUGGUUAAUCCGACCCGGACUCCCUACAUUUCGACCCCGUCUAGUGUAAAACAAAAUUACAACCCAUGGCGCAGCUUCCUCCUAGUCGGUUGUGGCGCUUGGUGCGGAACGGUCCUAGAAUCUUCUGAGUUGUUUUUCGUGUCAAAUUGUGUAUCGCAAUGUACUUGCUGGUGUUUCUGUCGGCGAUCUUGUUUCUCGGUGUGGUUUGGUACUGGUUCUACCGACGGCAGUUCCAGUUUGCGGACAAAUGGCCCUCGGUUCAACCACGGUACCCCAUAGUGGGCAAUGCACCCAUCAUGCUGGGGAAGAACGACGUGGAGCGGUUCCAGGAGAUCAAGCGGGUCUUUGGGGAGUGCGAUCGGAUAACGACAGCUUGGGCAGGACCGAAGAUGCUCCUGAUUACCAGUCAUCCGGAUAUCGUUCACCAGAUCCUGUCGAGUCCGGACUGUCUGGAGCGGCCUUUUCUGUACCGGUUUGCGGGAUUUACGCAAGGGAUUUUCACGGCCAAGUUGCCAGUUUGGAAGGAUAACCGCAAGCGGUUAAACUCCACCUUCAACCAGCGGAUCGUGCACGGAUUCGUUCCGUAUUUUGUCAAGUGUUGCGAGAAGAUGACGGAGAGCUUGCUCGCGUGUGCUGAUGAAGAAAUCGUCAAUAUUCAGAAGUACACGGCGGUUUGUGCCCUGGAGAUGGCCGCCGGUACAACUCUCGGUGGAGAUGUGCUUCAGCAGGCCGAAGGCAAGGUGGAAUUCAAACGAGGACUGGAUUUAGCUUUCAACGGUGCUUCGAGAAGAAUGAUAACAGUGCACUUGUAUCCAGAUUUCAUUUAUCAGCUGACACACUAUUACAAAGAACUCAUGGAAGGUCGAAGAAUCAUCUGUGAUUUCUUUACUAAGCUUUUGAUUGAAAGGAAGAAAUUCCUAUUGCACCAGAGCAACAACAGCGAUGCUGAUGCCGAAGAAGAAUACAACAAGCCGAAGAUUUUGGUCGAUCAGCUUCUUGGGGUUAGUCACGAUGGUAGACAGUUCAACGAUAUUCAGAUCCGGGACAAUGUCUACGCCGUCAUUACAGGGGCCACCGACACGACCAGCUUGGCAACGGCCCAUGCCUGUCUGUUCCUUUCAUUCUACCCAGACAUUCAGGAGCGGGUGCACGCUGAAAUCGCCGAAGUUUUCCCCGGCGAUAGCACCGACUACUCUCCGGAGAACAUCAAGAAGCUCACCUACCUGGACAUGUUCAUCAACGAGGUCCAGCGGCACUGUACGGUGGUGCCGUACGUUGCCCGGGAGAAUACGGCCGAGAUUGAAAUCGACGGUGUCAAGGUGCCGCCCGGUAACAUCUUCAUCAUGAGUCUGUACACCAUGCACAAACGGGCGGACAUUUGGGGCCCAGAUGCGGAAAAAUUCGAUCCGGAGAAUUUUACCGAAGAGCGGAUCAAGGAGCGGCAUCCGGCUGCCUUUUUGCCGUACAGUGCUGGCAGUAAGAAUUGUUUGGGUUGGCGCUAUGCAAUCUUCGGGAUGAAGCUGAUCAUGAUUCACCUGGUGAGAAACUUCCACUUCAGUUCCAAGAUUAAGCACGAAGAUAUGCAGUUUAGACAUGACCUGACGCUGAAGCUGCCGUUUCAACAUUUGGUGCAGCUGAAGAAACGGAACCCAGGCAGGUGUCCGACGGUGGCUGGAUGAAAUAU